GCAGCUUGCAGAGCAAGCGGGGAAGGUUCGGGGCAGCUGCUGUUUUCUCCUACUAGCAAACAGCAGCAGGCUGCAUGGGGGAGAGAGAGGAGACGACAGGCAGGAUGCCGUUAUGGAGAAGUGUAUCUCGGGCCAGGCAGCAAGGCUCAGGUAAAGCCAAUGGACCACCCAGACCCAAUGCCAGGAGCCCCAGUUCCUCCGAGAUGAACGGUGAGCCCUGGGCCAGGCCAAGAUACCAGGACCAAGCUGCAGCUGAACAUUGUACAGCAUCCCACCAGGAACAACAACAGCACCCUGAUAAACUGUGUCUGGACUCCUUCUGGAGCGAGGUGGAGGCGAUACGUAGCCAGGAAAGCGGAUACACUGACAGCGCCAGACGAGACUCCAGACACUCUGAAGAGGGGGAGCAGGAGGAGCGGUGGCUGCAGGAUGCCGGUCUCUCCACUCUGAUCAGGCAGCAGAAACCAGACAGAGACAGGGACACUGAGGACCAGGAUGUUGACCAGGCCAUACUGCUGUCCACUCUGACCCGUACGCAGGCCGCUGCCGUCCAGAGGAGACUGGACUCCUACACACUGUCCCUGAGGAAGAGGAGCAAACACCCACCACGUGACGUCAGGGACGUCUUCAGCUCAUCAGCCUCCUCUAUUGCUCAGACACCUCUACCGGAGUGUCAAGACUCUGAGUCUACAGAGCCUAAAUCAUCUCUACCAGAGUGUCAAGACUCUGAGCCUACAGAGCCUAAAUCAUCUCUACCAGAGUGUCAAGACUCUGAGCCUACAGAGCCUAAAUCAUCUCUACCAGAGUGUCAAGACUCUGAGCCUACAGAGCCUAAAUCAUCUCUACCAGAGUGUCAAGACUCUGAGCCUACAGAGCCUAAAUCAUCUCUACCGGAUGACAGUAUGGAGACCGUCAACAAGACACCACUACAAGAGGUCAGCUUGGACCAGCAGAAGAAGCAUGGAGGUGCCCCUAAAGAGGAGAUUUUCAUCACAGACGUGGCCUACUGCGAACAGGCGGCCAUCUUGUUAAAACAGGCUAAGCUGCCUCAGAUAAAGAACAGCUGCAAGAGGAAGGAGGACGGCACACUUCCUAGGGUGAUCUGCCCCCAGUGUCGUCUGGGUGUAACUCGCAUCCAGGACUUGUCCAACCAGGACAUGAAAAAGGUACGUCAGCUGGCCCUGAUCGACAUGACAGCGCUCUGUGACCUGCUGGAGCUCGAUGUCAAACGACACAAGACCUGCAAGAGGAAGAUCCCAGAGGGUGCCCUGUUUGGGGUUCCCCUGGCCACCCUGUUGGAGAAUGACCAGAAAGUCAAACCCACUGCUUCCACUCCUCUCAUCCUGCAAGCGCUGCUGUGGUUCCUGGAGAAGAGGGGAGUUGACUCAGAGGGUAUUCUGCGGGUUUCAGGCUCUCAGUCCAGAAUCAAGAAGCUGCAGCAGGACCUGGAACAGAAAUUCUACUCUGGAGGGUUCAUCUGGGACGAGGUCAGUCCUAACGAUGUUGCUGCCCUGUUAAAGAAGUUUAUCAGAGAACUACCAUCUCCACUUCUCACCGCGGAGCACCUCAACACCUUCAGUGCUACCAGGGACAUCCCUGAGCUGAAACAGAAGCUACACGUUCUGAACCUCCUCAUCCUCCUACUGCCUGAACCCAACAGGAACACACUCAAGGCUCUGUUGGAGUUUCUUUCCAAGGUAGUCUCCAGAGAGAGGAGGAACCGUAUGAACCUGUGGGCCGUGUCCACCAUCAUGGCCCCCAACCUGUUCCUGUUCCUCCACAAGGCCGUACCCACCCGCCUCACUGACGGGGGGCCAGGGGAGGAGAAAGGACAUGUUGAGAAGGUCCCCAACCUGUUCCUCCACAAGGCCGCACCCUCUCGCCUCACUGACGGGGGGCCAGGGGAAGAGAAAGGACAUGCUGAGAAGGCUGCUGACAUCAUGAGGCUACUCAUACGCUACCAGGACCUGCUCUGGACCAUCCCUAACUUCCUGAUGAGCCAGGUGCGUAAGCUGAAUGAGAACAGUAACCGAAGGUACCAGUUCUACGAUCGUCGCAUCAAGAACCUGCUGAGGAAAAUUCACCAGGACCGCAAGGAUAAACCUGACAAGAACUCCUCCGAGCCAUGUCGUACAGUAAAGAUCCAGGUGGGAGAACUGAUGAGCAGCACCAUGGAGGUCAAGGUCAACAUAAACUCCAGAGCAUCAGACCUACUGGCUCAGUUCCACAGGCAUCUCCACAGCUCUGACAACACCAAGGGCCUGCUCAAGAGGAACGGUUUGGUGAAUGAUUUGGGAUCAUACCUGGACUGUGCCAUGUAUGAAGUGGGAGGAAAUAUUGGUGAGCACUGCUUGGACCCAGAGACCCAUCUCCUGGACCUGUACAACAACAACCCCAGUGGAGAGUGGGUCAUCAAACACAAACCGCUGACCACCAGUAAGGGACUGCAGAUAUAAGACAGUCGCAGGAGGAGGGAGAGACCAGCAGGGGGCUCCAAGAGCCAGCCAGAGGAGGAGGGAGAGACCAGCAGGGGGCUCCAAGAGCCAGCCAGAGGAGGAGGGAGACCAGGUGGAGUAGAGGAGAAGAGGAUGCUGCCACCACAAACCACCUCAAGGCUGAGCCCUCUCUCUGCCCAUUGCGGAGGAGACCAGACUAGGAGAAGUAAAGCAGCUACUGCGGAAAAACACCCUACCUCCAGACUUCAGGUGGAGGAGUGGCUGAGCUUGUGUCUCAGUCUGCUUCCUGGCUUGUCAGCUAAGCUCUCAGGCUCUCAGCCAAUCACUUCCCAGCAUCCGCAGAAGCCCAGAUGGGAAUCUGAUGCAGCUGCCUCCGAGUCUCUCUUUCUUUCUCUCCCACUCUCUCUCCAUUCCUUCUACUCAUGCCAUUUGAUCACAAAGUAAUAAGAGAGGCACAUGCACAGUAUAUCUCUUUUCCUUGUUUAUCUAUUUCUUUAAUGUCACACAGAGGGAAAGUCAGGUACUCUGAUGAACUGAUGUAAGGGACAGGGACUCUUAGGUCCCUGUCCCUGAUGGCUCUUGGCCUCUGAUGGCUCUAUAAGAGGCCCUAAACACAGGGGACAGAGGGCAUAGUUCUCUCUAAGGGAUCAAAGGUCAACCUCUAAGACAUGAUUACAGUACCCCUAAAGGGAACUGUUGUUUAAGACAGUGAAGCUGGACUUCAACCUUUCUGUUUGUUUUUUUGUUUUUGAAGGAUUUUAUGAAGUAUUGAAUAUCACGAUGGAUUGACUAUUUAUAACUGAUUGGAUGUAUCUGUAUGUAGUCAUUAAUGUUCUCCUUGGAAAUGGUUGAAAAGGUGUUUCUGAUCGUAACAUAACAGUCAUGUAAGCUCACCCACUCUUUUCGGGGACUCUUUUCAGACAGUCUUCUUAUUCUUGUUAAAUGUUUUGAUCAGUUGUACUUUGCUGCGGUUCUGCAUAUUUAUUCUCUCAUCCUAUUACCCAUGUGUCAUCACUUCUUCAGAGUACACUUUUAUAUGAAAUCUAUGAAUAGUGUUUACACGUUUUGAGGAAGCUUGGACAUUGCACCAUCACAUCAAUAUAAAGUAUACACAUGUUCUACAUGACAGCCUAUCAUGAAUUUACACAUCUACAACCUACCAUGAAUUUACACAUCUACAACCUACCAUGAAUGUACACAUCUACAACCUACCAUGAAUUUACACAUCUACGACCUACCAUGAAUUUACACAUCUACGACCUACCAUGAAUUUACACAUCUACAACCUACCAUGAAUAUACACAUCUACAACCUACCAUGAAUUUACACAUCUACGACCUACCAUGAAUUUACACAUCUACAACCUACCAUGAAUUUACACAUCUACAACCUACCAUGAAUUUACACAUCUACAACCUAACAUGAAUUUACACAUCUACAAACUAUCCUGAAUUUACACAUCUACAACCUGCCAUGAAUUUACACAUCUACAACCUACCAUGAAUUUACACAUCUAGAACCUACCAUGAAUUUACACAUCUACAACCUACCAUGAAUUUACACAUCUACAAACUAUCCUGAAUUUACACAUCUACAACCUACCAUGAAUUUACACAUCUACAACCUAACAUGAAUUUACACAUCUACAACCUACCAUGAAUUUACACAUCUACAACCUACCAUGAAUUUAUACAUCUACAACCUACCAUGAAUUUACACAUCUACAACCUACCAUGAAUUUACACAUCUACAACCUACCAUGAAUUUACACAUCUACAACCUACCAUGAAUUUACACAUCUACAACCUACCAUGAAUUUACACAUCUACGACCUACCAUGAAUUUGCACAUCUACAACCUACCAUGAAUUUACACAUCUACAACCUACCAUGGAUUUACACAUCUACAACCUUCCGUGAAUUUACACAUCUACAACCUACCAUGAAUUUACACAUCUACAACCUACCAUGAAUUUACACAUCUACAAACUAUCCUGAAUUUACACAUCUACAACCUACCAUGAAUUUACACAUCUACAACCUACCAUGAAUUUACACAUCUACAACCUACCAUGAAUUUACACAUCUACAACCUACCAUGAAUUUAUACAUCUACAACCUACCAUGAAUUUACACAUCUACAACCUACCAUGAAUUUACACAUCUACAACCUACCAUGAAUUUACACAUCUACAACCUACCAUGAAUUUACACAUCUACAACCUACCAUGUAUGUUACUCUUCUGAUGACACUCAGACAUCACAGAUGCAACCAACAACACAUGUAUUUACACAUCUACAUCCUACCAUGAAUUUACAUAUCUACAACCUACCAUGAAUGUAUGUUUAGCUACCAGUCUCCUCAGGAGUGACAACAAGAAUGUAACAAACUGCAUAGAUCUCAUCUCAGUCACAGCAGUCAUUGGUUCAGUCAUUUGUUCAGUCAUUGCUCAGUACAGAGUCAGAGCCACAGCCUUCUGUUCUAUUGUGCUGCCAUUUUAGGAGAGAGAACCGAGCAGCAGUGUAAUGACAGCCAGCAUCCAUCACACAGUGUAAUUCCCUGUCUGUCACACGACCUACUGAUGCAUCGUCACGGUGUAUUGGUUCAUGUAUUGGUUCAUGCAGUGGUUCAUGUAUUGGUUCAUGCAUUGGUUCAUGCAUUGGUUCAUGUAUUGGUUCAUGUAUUGGUUCAUGCAGUGGUUCAUGUAUUGGUUCAUGUAUUGGUUCAUGUAUUGGUUCAUGCAGUGGUUCAUGUAUUGGUUCAUGCAGUGGUUCAUGUAUUGGUUCAUGCAGUGGUUCAUGUAUUGGUUCAUGCAGUGGUUCAUGUAUUGGUUCAUGUAUUGGUUCAUGCAGUGGUUCAUGUAUUGGUUCAUGCAGUGGUUCAUAUAUUGGUUUAUGCAGUGGUUCAUGUAUUGGAUCAUGCAGUGGUUCAUGCAGUGGUUCAUGUAUUGGUUCAUGCAGUGGUUCAUGUAUUGGUUCAUGCAGUGGUUCAUGCAGUGGUUCAUGCAGUGGUUCAUGCAGUGGUUCAUGUAUUGGUUCAUGCAGUGGUUCAUGUAUUGGUUCAUGCAGUGGUUCAUGUAUUGGUUCAUGCAGUGGUUCAUGUAUUGGUUCAUGCAGUGGUUCAUGCAGUGGUUCAUGUAUUGGUUCAUGCAGUGGUUCAUGCAGUGGUUCAUGCAGUGGCUCAUACAGUGGUUCAUGCAGUGGCUCAUGCAGUGGUUCAUGCAGUGGUUCAUGCAGUGGUUCAUGCAGUGGUUCAUGUAUUGGUUCAUGCAUUCCAUGAACAUUACCACAGAGGAGUCAGUUCUUCUGGUUGAUAGAGAGGGUAAUAUCUGGGUGUUCUACGGAUGUUAUUAUCUCUGUGUGUGUGUGUGUGUGUGUGUGUGUGUGUGUGUGUUGUGUGUGUGUGUGUGUGUGUGUGUGUGUGCGUGCGUGCGUGCGUGUACGUGUGUGCGUGCGUGUGUGUGUGUGCUUGCUUGCUUGCUUCAUUACACAAGCCCAAUUGGGUUGAGUCCUGAGUCCAUGGCACAGUUCAGUACCCCGGUACAAAGCACUGAUGGAACACACACACACACACACAGCCUUCUGCUGACGUUAAUCAGUGGAACUAGGUCACCUCUAAAGCUCUGUUCUCCCUCAGGGGAAGUAGUGACACUAUACACCCCAGUCCACAGUACAUGAGUAGAUAUUGAUGCAAACACACACAUGCAAACAGCUGAUCAAUAACAUGGGCCACAUGUACAGCAUGUGGAGAACUGACAUAUUGGAAUGUUUAAUGUUCCGGGACGUGACGUCAUAAUGGAGAACUGACAUAUUGGAAUGUUUAAUGUUCCGGGACGUGACGUCAUAAUGGAGAACUGACAUAUUGGAAUGUUUAAUGUUCCGGGACGUGACGUCAUAAUGGAGAACUGACAUAUUGGAAUGUUUAAUGUUCCGGGACGUGACGUCAUAAACACAUGUGUGUGUCAAGAUCUGAGGACUCGACAUGAGGAGUAAUGGAAAAUAGAGACAUGUAUUUUACUGUAAUGACCCGAGUAGACUGAAUGUCUUCAAUGAAUGGACUUUACUUUGUAAUAAUGUACUCACAAUCAAAUGCUCUGAAAGACAUUUACCCUACUGUAGGUUACAAUGCUAGUUCAGUAUAUAUGGUUUAGAACCAAAACCCUAUAUGGAAUUACUGCACGCAGUAGGUGUAUUUGUACUGUUUACUAAAGCAAUUAUUUUCUACUCUUGUCAAGUGAAAGUCAUUUAGGUAGGCCUGGUGCAAAUAUCUUUUGUAUAAAUGUUUUUUUUUUAAAGAUUUGUCAAUAAAUGUGAAAAUAA